AUGAAGCCCCACAACCGCAAACUACAAGUACCAUACAACGAUGCACCGUUUGAAAUCCCCACCACUACCACCUUACAAAGCUCUAACACCGCCACCUUGUCACCACCACCGGUCAAAGAGCCAACCACCAUCCCACCACCAACAACAUCUUUGCAACAACAAUUUUACAUCCACACAGGGUUUGACUCGUCUAUGGCCUUAACAAUUCUAGUUCUUUUGAUAGCUCUCUUCUUCAUGGGAUUCUUUUCUAUCUACAUCCGUAAGUUCUCCAACGCCGACCCAGAAUCAUCGGAGGGUUUCUCUAAUUCUUCUUCCAGACAACGCAGCAGGGGCCCACUACAGUCAGCAAAUACAUACAACCGUCCAUCAAGGACUUCUGCAGGCUCACGAACUCGAGGUCUUGACCCACAAGUUGUCAAGUCAUUACCGGUGUACUCUUAUUAUCAUGGAGAUGUCAAGUACCAGAUUGAGUGUGCAAUUUGCUUGGGUGAGUUUGAGGAGAAAGAGAGUGUUAAGAUGAUACCAACAUGUCAACACGUGUUUCAUUUGGAGUGUAUUGACAUGUGGCUUCAAAUGCACGUGACUUGUCCUGUUUGUAGAGGUACCCAGUUUUUUUAUGAUAAGGGUGGUGGUAGCAGUGGUGUGGUGGUGGUUCGGGGGAGGGUUGAUCAGGGUGCGAGUCAGCCCGAGGCAAGAUCAGUAGUUGAGAGGGAGGUGGAGACAUUAGGGGUACAACUUGGUAAAUCUAUUCUUGUCUUGUGCCGUGUAGAUUUACCAAGCACACCAGUGAUGUUCUAUGCUUGA